AUGCAUUCACGUCGCAGUCGACAGUUAAAAAACCGCACACAGAGAUGGGUGACGAUCCAGGACCUUGUCCCAUCUCUACCUGCAGCCCCAUUGACGUCGCCCCUAUUUACCGUCUUUCCCCCCGAGAUCCGCAAUCGCAUUUAUACCCUUGCUCUGGAGUCUGAGGAUGUACUCUCAGACGACAAUCCUCACUCUGUAUAUCAGCAAAAUGAAUUCUACUACCGGCCUGGGUACAAGCAGCCUAAGCGCAUCCAAACCGCCCUCCUUCAGACAUGCCAGCAAAUCUAUGGCGAGGCAUCCCUCCUCCCACCAGCAAUCAAUGAGCAUACUUUCUGGUUCUAUCGGUCUCCGCCGCAUGUCAAUGACGCCUCAUCGCCGCUCAAUUAUUUUCGCAAAAUGACUCCGAAACAACGGGCUCAGGUCCAGCAUAUACACCUUUUCACCCAGCAGUAUUUCCUAGAGGACAAUAAUUGGUCCCAGAUAUGGGAUGGGCUAACGAUAGGCAACGAUGGGCCAAGUUUGCCAGGGGAGUGCAGGAUCGCGCCGAAGAAGAUCACCAUUACGCUUCGCCACACGGACUGGUGGUUCUGGGAGAACAAUGACCCCUUGGGCAUCGACCCGUUCCGGCCGGGGAGAACCCGUGCAGCCGAGAUGGGGGAGGCUGUUUCCCCAGAAAACGCAGCGCGGUCAUGGGGGAAUCGAUUCAGCUCUAUCCCCUGUCUUGAGGAACUGGUGAUCGAGUUCGAGACGAUCAUGCGGAAGAGAGACCAGUUAGAUGCCAUCAUACAACAAGCUUUCGAGUGGAAGUUUCCCGUGCAGGCAGAUAAGGGCUUGUAUCUGGUUGCUGACUUCAGGUCAAAGAGCGCAUAUACUUGGGCUGGGGCGAAAGAGGCGGAGCUGAAAAGACAAAGACGUGUAGGGCAAUUCAACAUUGAGGCUGAGUCAGAAUCCCAAUCUGGUCAGGAACAGGAGCCUGUUCUUGCGGCCCCGGCUUUGGUGCCAUUUGAUCCUCAAUCCAACUUGGGCAGAACUAGCGAUAUUAGUCUUGGAGAUCACCCCCUGUUACCUGACACAAAUGCGGAGGAGUUUUAUGUUAUUUUCUUGACUUGGAAGAAACAGCGAGUCCAGGAGUAG